UCAAAAUUUAAUUAAGAGCCAUAGUUAUCCUCUCCCAAAUAAAAAAAAGACGCGAAUGUCAAGAAGUCGCGUAAGAGGACCCAAUUCAGCGUUGACUGAAUUUUUAAGGUCUCAAGGGAUCAAUACAUCUGCCUUGGGUAGAGCACGCCCUCCAAGAUCAGAAUCCACGUCUCAACAAACUGAUCAAGAAUCUAUUGCAUCAAUCACUGAAGCUGAAGAAACACCAUUAUCGGAAGAAUCGCCUCUCAUCGAGACAACAACUGUUCAACUUCAGAAUCCACCCAGGUCUCGAGGUAGAAGUGUGAAGAAGAAGAAAAAACCCAUAGAAGAUAAUAAUAAUGAUGAUGAUAGUGAGUAUAACACAAAUACUGGUUUUGGUCGUGCUGGAUUUUCAUACAAGUCGCGUGAGAACGCAGGUAAAUUAGACUUUUGUGUUCACUGCCAGUGUCGCUUUACAAUUACGCCUUACAGUAAAUAUAGUGAGAAAGAAAAUGGAUGGCUUUGCUACCCUUGUAGUCGUGGUGUUGAAGAACAGAAAGUUCCUGAAGUUCACACUCGAAAGCGACGUGCCAUGACAAGGAAGAAAGCUGCGGCGGCUACCAUGGAUGAAGAACUGAAUGUUCCGAAGCUUCAAGACCUUUGUAUUCGCAUCAUUGCGGAAUAUAUUCACGAUAUCGAAGCGUUGGGAGACAUUGGACAAAUAAACAUGAACAAAAUAAGCCAGAUCAUUUCUAAAAACAGAUCUUUAGAUGAUACAACAGUGCAAUUAUUUUUGACUGGAGACCAAACGGAACUCAAGUUGUACGACUGCUCCAAAUUAACAGUUGAAGCUCUGUUGCAAAUUGUUCAAUACUGUCCUCAUUUACAUACCCUACAUUUGACUUAUUGUGGACAAAUGAAAGAUGAAGUGCUUGAACUAUAUUCUGAAAAGUUGACUGAACUAAAGGACUUUUCUAUCAAAGGUGCUUUCCUUGUAUCCACUGAUACGUGGAUUUCCUUCUUAAAGAAACGUGGUCCACAACUGACAAGACUUGAAAUUACAGAUACAGCGAAAGUUCGCCCUCCUGUUAUAAAUACGAUUGUGGAUUAUUGUCCCAAUCUUACGAGUCUGACUUUAUCAAGAAUCUUUUACAUGGAUGAUGAAUGUGUCCGAUUACUUUCGGGCUGUAAAAAUCUCAAAACCCUACGGAUUGAGUCACCUGGCGAUGUCGUUACUGAUGGAAGCAUAUUGGAUGUUUUAAAUCAAAUUGGCAGUGGUCUUCAAACUCUUAGUUUGGCUGGCUGCUGCAAAUUAACGGACGAACUAUUACGACAAGGCAUUGGCCCCUGUUGUGGUCGUCUUCGUAACCUGGAUUUAACAGCUUUAUCUGAAUUAACGGAUGACGAAGCAGCUUCGAUGUUUGGCAAUUGGAAUAUACAGUCUGGUUUAGAAAACCUAUCUCUACGAAGAUGUUUAGGGCUCGGCGAUCGAACUGUUCGUGCUGUUUUGGUAAACUCGGGGCAUUCUCUUUCUAGUUUGGAUUUAAAUGGUUUAUCAUAUGUCACGCAUAAUUCUCUUCAAUAUUUAGCAACGUUCCCUCUUCCCAAAUUACAAACAUUGGACGUAAGCUGGAUCCGUGAUAUGAAUGACAAACUUGUUUGUGAGUUUGAGGAAAAUAAACCCACCCUGGAGAAACUGUUAGUAUGGGGCAAUAAUCAUGUACUAAUGCCGACGAAACGACUUUUGCUAAUUGGAAGAGAAGUGCAAUAAUUUGAAUUAUAGAAAACUAAAACUAUGCCAUUACUAUGGUUUUUCUAGAUUAUUUAUUUUUGUUUAUUUAAAUGAACAUGAAGGUUAAUAAGGCUGUAAUACUAGUAGUUGGAAUAGAUUCAUAUGCUUGG